ACUCAGUGAAUAAGCAGGAAAAGAAAAACACAGAGCAAAUAAAAAGCAAACAUCAAGGGCAGUCUGUCACAGAAAAGGCAACACUGAAGUAUUUUAUUUUGCUAAUGGGACGCACACUAAAUACUGACGAGACCUUCAUUGGCCGGCUUAAACAUGAAAUCCCGCAAAUGCAACAAGUGUUUACAGUGGAUCAGUGUGAUGUCAUUCUGGCUUUCUGUCCUGUUGUAACACGAGCUGGAACUGAUAUUGAAGUAUCACUGAAGAAGCUUAAUCAAGAAUCAGCUAUCAAACCUGCUGUUCUGGUGGCGCUCCAUCGCACUUUUGAUCCAGAGUGUGUUGUACCAGACAGCAGCAGAAGUUUAAACAGAGAGAAUACAAUCACAGUCGACUGUCUGUUCUAUGAAGAUCAGGGAUUACUGCACUGUCGAAAAAAUCAGGAGUCGUUUACCAGAAUUAUAAACUACAUAAAAGCUCAGAUUUGCCCAAAGUUGUUCAUAGGGGAAGAAAGGAAAACUGAAAUAAACCCUAUGGAGCCUGUUUAUACAGGUUCUCGCUCAUUGGGUUCAGCUGCACAUGUUAAUUAUUCACAGAAUCAGCAGGAAAAGAAAGACAAUGAGAAAAUGAUUAAGAAACAUCCAGGGAUGGCUGAAAAUACAAAACUGAAGUAUUUUAUUUUACUAACUGGACGCACACUAAGUACUGACGAGAUCUUCAUGAGUCGACUUAAACAUGAAAUCCCACAACUACAGCAGGUGUCUACAGUGGAUGAGUGUGAUGUCAUUCUGGUUUUCUGUCCUGUUGUGUCACGAGCUGGAACUGACAUUGAAGCAGCAGUGAGAAAGCUUCAUCAGGAAUCAGCUGACAAACCUGCAGUUCUGGUGGCGCUCCAUCGUACAUUUGAUCCAGAGUGUGUUGUACCAGACAGCAGCAGGAGUGUACGAAGAGAGAAUACCGUCACAGUCGACUGUCUGUUCAGUGAAAAUCAGGGAUUACUGCGGUGUCGAAAAAAUCUGGAGUCGUUUAACAGAAUUAUAAACUACAUAAAACCACAGAUUCAAUCAGUACAGUCCAAAGUGAAAAACGUGGAAACUCACAAAACCCCUCUGUUGGCUGACAUUAAACCUGACAAUUUUGUUACAGAUCAUGAUUAUAAAUUAAAUCAGAUCAAUACGAAAGAUGUCCUUCUUUUCACCAGUGCAAACCAUAUACAAGCUAAGCCUGAUGUAGAAAAUGUUGAACCUAUGGAGACACAAGAAAAAGGUGGCACAUCACAGUUAAGUGACAAACUGCAAAAUAUGACAAGCAAACCCACACUGGGGAUCCAACUGCAGGAGAAGGACAGACAACUUGAGGAGAUGAGGACAGAGCUCAAAAAACUGAAAAAUGAGUUGUCAGAAAAAAAUGAAGAGCUUAAAAAGAAAGAGAGUCUACUAACCUUGUCAGAAAGACAUCCGAUGAUGGAGCAUGUCCAGGACAAAGGGAAAGACAGACAGUUGAGGGAAAUAACUCAGGAUGAAAAGAAGUUAAAGGAGAUCAAAGCUGAGUUGGACAAUACAAUAAAGAAUUUAGAACAGAAAAAGAAAGAAUUGCAAAUUGUGAGCAAACAUCUGAGUGAGGGGAUAAAGCUGUGUGAAAUUAAUAAAAGUGAACUGGAUUUAAUGCAGAAGAAGCUGCAGGAGAAAAACAAGCAAAUACAGGAGAUCCUGAGUCUUUCCACAUCUGAUAACUCUGAUAAAUUCUAAUCUUUUUAAUUGACUAAAGAUAUUUCUUUAAA